AUGCCUGACCUAAGCCGCCAAAAGUACCUUGAGAGCAGCCAAACAGAGCGAGAGGGUCUUGAGCCAUUCGCAUGCAUAUCGCCAUUGCCACCACCUCCAGAGCCGACGCCACCACCGACGCCGCCGCCGACACCGGCGAUCAUUCCCAUCAAACGACCGGAGUCCUUCGUCUUCUGCACCGUCGGCCCUUCCCUGGAAUCGGGCUUCAGGAUGUCCGGCGUUCCUUCGUGCGACUACUUCGUCUACACGGACGUGUUCGCCUACAAGGGCGACGCCCACAGCCAGGAAGAUCCGAUAGCCAAAAAGUACAGGGACGACCUCGACUACCGUGGGUACCCCCCGGUCACCAACUCGUCGAUCAAGCUGCAGCACUACGGACUCAGCUUCACCACCGACGACCUCAAAGACUUGAGCACCCAGGUGGGCUCAGUGAACUUCCAGAACCUGUACAAGCAGUACGGCAUCCUGACGGCCGGCAUUGCCGGCUACAGCAGGGGCGCCGUCGCGUCGGACUCGACCAACCUGCCCCUGUUGAAGACCAUCCUCAAGGCAAUAAGCGACGGCCUGACAGGAGCACAGGCGGGCAACACGACGAUCCUGAAGACCGUCUUCUUGGGCGUCAAGCUUGCCGGAGCGACGGCAAGCUCGCAGUACGACACCAGCGCCAUGAAUGAACUCAAGGGGAUCAGCGACAUCGAUGUCUUGAUACUGGUGAGUCACCUGCUGCAGCCCAUGGUCUCGGACAAGUGCACCAUCCAGCCGGUGAGCGUGUACAGUGGCACCGUGGCCGCCGACGAGGCCCCGCCCUCCUGGGAGCGGCUGACAGCCUUGGUGGUUACAAAAGGCCUGCCGUUCCGCGUGGCCCUGUCCAUCACCAUGAGCGUGUUCCUCUUCACCACCACGUCGACCGCGACCGCGGCCAUCGGCCAGGAGUGCGUAAUGUACCACAAGCAUGACUGCUGAGCUUAGCGUCGUCCGGGCGGGGGGCGUGUCUAUGGUGUGGGCAGUGUACGACUUGCACAACGACGUGGCCGUGUGCGAACUCACCGACCAGCCCCAGCAGAAGUCCUACGUUCGGUUCAAGGUCGUCAACGACACCAUGGCGCAGGACUACAAGAAGAAGGACGAUGACGACUCCGUGAGGAGGGGCGUACUCCUGAAAAGGCGGCAGCGGCAGCUUUGGUGACGGCGAAACGCACGCCGCCAGGCGUUCACACCAUUGCCAGGAGAUGGCCCCUGCGGUCGCCACUUCUCGCUGCUUGCUGUAGAACAAAAAA